GGGGGAGGGUACAUAUUCUCACACAAAUCAUAUCUCGCUUUCCAUCGUAUAAUAUACCCCCCCAACACUCUUUGUAUUUCCAUCGACCAUCGCCACCAUGCAGCUCCCCACCCUCACACACCUCACCUCAUACUGGGACCACCUCGGCACCGUCUGGCAAAUCACCCUCAUCCUUUGGUCGUAUCUCCUCUACCUCACCUUUGCCACCAAAUCAUACCGCAUCCGUACCGCCUCUGCCUACCUCAUCGGAUGCUUCACCUUCCCCGUCUUGACCGUGUUUUGGGGGGCGAUGGACAGUCGAGGCUUGGCCUUGGACAGUAUCGCCGGGGAUGGGAUGAGCUUGAUCUAUGAGAACGGUGCCUAUGCCAACAUCCAACUCGCCCAACAGAACGAAACGUUCUACUCCUCUCCCGUUCCUCCCGCUAGUGCCGUCGGCGAGUCCAAGGUGUACACUCCUACACCUCUGGUCGAGCAGGUUGGCCAGGUCGUCUUUACUUGUGGCAAGAAUGUGACUUCUAUUGGAGCCUUGACACCCACUGAAUCUGCUCUUACAUUUAUCUGGCCCGAGGUUGACUGUGCACAGGAUCCAUUCAUCGGUGUGCAGCUCACUUCGUAGACUGUUCUCCUAUCUUUACAUUAUCAUAUAUCGCGCAACGAACACGGACAUUCUAUCUCGAAUAACUUCUUUCUCUAUUCUGUACAUAUACGUUUGCCAUAUAGUCUAUUUGUAUCAUGCAUUGAGAUCCGAUUCCACCUGACGCCCGGUGUUCGAGUCAAGCUGCGUGAUCUCUUCGUGGUCUGUCUAUCUCCCGGGCGCGGCAUCUACUUUACUCUGUCGCGUCUAGAUGGUG